CCUGUCGUCUUGGUUGAAUCUUAUAUAUUGAGAAAGGGUAGCCGUUAAGUGCUUCUAAAUAGGUCAGGCUCGUAUCAUUCCUGCAAUUAUUUGAUACCCCAAGUCAUGGAGGACGGCAGAGAAUCGAAUACGCUGAAAGAGCAAAAAAGGAGGGAACGACAGGCGGCCCUGGAGAGUGCAGAUAGUGACAUUGGACUUUGUGGCUGGUUGCUUGUGCUGUUCUCCAUCCUGCUCACUGUGGCUACUUUGCCUCUCUCAAUAUGGAUGUGCAUCAAGAUUGUGAAGGAGUAUGAGCGGGCGAUCAUCUUUCGUCUUGGACGUAUUCUGCGCGGAGGAGCCAAAGGACCAGGUCUGUUCUUUAUUCUGCCCUGCACAGACAGCUUCAUUAAUGUGGACAUGCGCACUAUCACGUUUGACAUUCCCCCUCAGGAGGUGCUGACUAAGGAUUCAGUGACAGUGUCUGUAGAUGGAGUGGUGUAUUACCGUGUGCAGAACGCCACGCUGGCAGUGGCCAACAUCACCAACGCAGACGCUGCCACUCGUCUGCUGGCACAGACCACCCUCCGAAAUGUGCUGGGCACCAAGAACCUGGCCGAGAUCCUCUCUGACCGCGAGGAGAUUGCCCACAGCAUGCAGUCCAGUCUGGAUGAUGCCACGGAUGACUGGGGAAUUAAAGUGGAGCGUGUGGAGAUCAAGGACGUCAAACUGCCCCUGCAGCUCCAGAGAGCCAUGGCCGCAGAGGCUGAGGCAGCUAGAGAGGCCAGAGCCAAGGUGAUAGCUGCGGAGGGAGAGAUGAAUGCUUCGCGGGCCCUGAAGGAGGCCUCUCUGGUCAUUGCAGAGUCUCCCUCUGCCCUGCAGCUGCGCUAUCUUCAGACCCUCAACACAAUCGCCGCUGAGAAGAAUUCAACCAUCAUCUUCCCUCUGCCUAUUGACAUGUUGCAGAGUUUCAUGAAACAGUGAGCUGGCAGCUGACACACACACACACACACACACACACACAGACAGAGUCACACCCAUGCUCAUUAAGGAGUUGCCGAUACAAACAGACAGCUGUUACAUAAUACAGGCACAUACAUUUACACAUGAUCACAGAUUCAUGUAAGUAUAUGCCCAUACACACUAACACACUGACUCUUAACUCAGUAAGCUUUACAAUGAUGCAUUCUAGGAACCAAAUAUGGAUGUGUAGGGGUUUGGGGGGUGGGUGUGUAUGUGUGUGUGUGCAUGCGUGUCUUUUGCAUUUAGAGUGUCAAGUGAGGUUUCCAGACAUGACACAAAUAUCAAAAUUUCAGGGUUCCAACACAGGUCUGAAAAAUAUGGAAUUAAAUUUUAAUAUUUUCCAAUAUUUGAAAGGGUAUUGAAACAGAAGGGGGAAAAAAUUUGAAAAAAAUUGUCUCCAGACUGUCACUUCCAUUAUAUGGCACUCUGAAGUUUUUUUUCCUGAAGGAUUUUCAAGAAUAACAUACGUUUCUCUGUCAGUACGUGUUUGAUUGUCCUGGAAUAGUCAGUUAGUGUUUCCCCUUUGGAUUGAUUGAAUGCAUUAACAUCAAAGGUUAAGUUAGGUCGCGCACACGCUGGGAACAGGAACAGUGGGACUGCAGGCUUAUGGUCUGAAAUUUAUCAACACAGCUGAAAUGUAAUUUAUUCACGUUACAAAAAAUGCAUCAUAAUUGUCACGCACAGUGUGUCUUAUUGGAGCCAGUGAGUUAAAUUUCCACCUGUGGUUCACAUGGAGAUAUGGCUAGAAUAAAUAUACCGCUAAAAGGAGAUGUCAGAAAUACAGCAUAUGCAAGUGUUAUAUAAACUGUUUAUUUUCCCAGUAAACAUUGACCCCCUCCAUCCGCACAAUACAAUCUGGAAAUACGAGUUUGGAAAAGUCUGGGAUUAUGAAAUGGAAAUUGUGUAGGAACCCUGUCAACAGAAAUUUAUGUUUGUGAGAAAACUGUCGCCGGAGGAGAGUCAACAGUAUUGCUGUCUAUCUGUCUGUUAGAGGCAGUCUUUACAAUGGCCAUAUGCACCAAGAUGAAGCCUUAAGUCUUUCUCUUAUACCUGAGCUGGUUUAAUAUGGGCUCUAUGCAUUGCAUUGCUCUUAGGUAUGCUGUUUCAUAUGUUGUUUUCCAAGACGUUCAUACAGUGUCUGUGAAUGAUAUAUCUGUUACAUCAGAUUCUUUAUUUCAAACUACAAAGAACCAAAUAGCGUGUUACAUCUGUAGCUCAUUUUAUAUGUAAAGGUCAGACAGCUCGUCAGCAGGGAAGAAGUGGACAAAACAUUUCAGUAAAUCUACCUAUCUAUAUAUUGUGUUAUAAAUAUAAGUAGAUACUUAAAUCUCCCCUAAUGCCUAACUCUCUCUCUCUGCUUUGGUAUUAUGGUGUACUGUUACACUGGGCACGUCCAUAAGGUUGAUUCAUAUCUUAUCAAGGCUUGAUGAUGGUUAGAAGAAGAUAUGAGAAUGUGUAAUGGAGAAAAGGUAGUCUUGGUGUAUGUGUUCCAUUUGUUCUCUGAAUUUGUUACAUAUUUCUGUCCUGUUCUUAUCUCAUUUGAAUGAAAAAAAAAGUUCAUCCACUGUUUUGCCAACCCGUUUCUGUUACAUUGCUUAAAUGCUGUUAAUGUUGAAGUAUUUUUUUAUUCCAGCAUUUGAAUGGUUGUUUGUCAUUGUAUAAAAAAGAUGACUUUAACCUACUCUAAGCUUGUUUAAAAUGUUCAAAGCUUUUAAAGUAAAUGUAAUAUC